CCGUUCCCGCGCGACUACGCCGAGCUCGAGCGACAGGCGCGCGAGAGCGUGAAACGAUGCGCGAAAGAUGGCGUCGAGCUCGUCGAGCUUCAGUUUCCACCCGGUGGAUUGGAACUCGCGAGCGGGGAUUUAGAGGGAAACGUCGAGUGUAAUCUCACCACCGAGCGGCUGAGAGGGAUAUGCGAUGCGUUCGUGGCGAACGGGACGGCGAGCACGACGCGCGUGCUGUUUCCGGAUCCCACGGAGAUGCGGUUGGCGACGACGGGGGCGAACGCGGCGCCGGACGGGAUUCGAGCGCCGGAACAGAGCGACACGCGCGGGUGGUUCGCGGAUUGGAAAGGAACGCUAGAUUACGUGGAUGAUCCUAGUUUCAUGUCGGUGAGUGGAUUCGAUAAGAUAUUCGGUGGGAAGAAGAAUAUUUCAGAGCGGAUGAGAGGAGACGAGACGGCGUACGUCGUCGCGUAUCCGAGCGCAAAUAUUUCCGAGUUGGCGAAUACGCGAGAUUUGUACGAAGGGUGCGUGCGAGGAACGGGAAAGUCGCUCGUGGUGUGUAACGGCGAGUUGGAACGCACGCGGUCGAAUUAUUAUCCGCCGUUUUGGAACGCCGGGGAGAUGGGACCGUUGCGAUCGUUUUGUCGAAAAUUUGAAGGCGCGUACGUAAUCUAUAAUUUCAAGGGAUCCAAUCCCGCCGUGCUGUUUCGCGUGUACCCGGAGCCGUGGCAGGUAUUUCGUCGACGCAAGGGCGGCCGCGACGGGUUGGAGACGCUCGAGCGUGUGUGCACGUUUGAGAAGUUUGAAUCCGUGAAAUCCGUGGCGCUGGACGUCUUGCCG